GCCGCAGCUUGGACGCCCGCUGGAGCCGGCGUGUUGCGGGCUUAAGAGCUGGUGUCGGGUAUGAAGGGUUGGUGUUUGGCUGCGGCGUCCUCCUAGCUCCAGGGCCAUGGAGUGCCUGCGGAGUCUGACCCGGCUGCUGCCCCGCGCGGUGGGACUCUCCCGGCGGUCCUUGUGUGCCGUGGCCUUGGGCCGGACCCAUGGGGUUCGUCCUGUUGCCGCCAGCGGCCGCGCGGCCCAACUUCUCGGAAGGAGCCCGGCUCUGCAGCUGUGCGGGCCCCGCCGGCUCCGCGUGGCAGGUGAAAUGAUCCGGUUUAGAACUUCUGAUGUCUCUCAAGCCACUUUAGCCAGUGUGGCCCCAGUGUUUACUGUGACAAAAUUUGACAAAGCAGGAAAUGUUACUUCUUUUGAAAGGAAGAAAAUUGAAUUAUACCAAGAGUUAGGUCUUCAAGCCAGAGAUUUGCGAUUUCAGCAUUUAAUGAGCAUCACAACCAGAAACAAUAGGAUUAUCAUGAGAAUGGAGUAUUUGAAAGCUGUGAUAACUCCAGAGUGUCUUUUGAUAUUAGAUUAUCGGAACUUAAAUUUAGAGCACUGGCUGUUCCGAGAACUUCCAUCACAGUUGGCUGGAGAGGGUCAACUUGUCACAUAUCCUUUACCUUUUGAGUUCAGAGCUAUAGAAGCACUCCUGCAAUAUCGGAUCAGCACCCUUCAGGGGAAACUUAGCAUUUUGCAGCCACUAAUCCUUGAGACAUUGGAAGCUUUAGUGGAUCCCAAACAUUCUUCUGUGGACAGAAGCAAACUGCACGUCUUACUGCAAAAUGGCAAAAGUCUUUCAGAGUUAGAAACAGAUAUUAAAAUUUUCAAAGAGUCGAUUUUGGAGAUCUUAGACGAAGAAGAAUUGCUAGAAGAACUCUGUCUGACAAAGUGGAGUGACCCACAAGUCUUUGAGAAGAGCAGUACUGGAAUUGACCAUGCAGAAGAGAUGGAGUUGCUUUUGGAAAACUAUUACCGAUUAGCUGAUGAUCUUUCUAAUGCCGCUCGAGAACUCCGGGUACUGAUUGAUGAUUCACAAAGUAUUAUUUUCAUCAAUCUGGACAGCCACCGUAAUGUGAUGAUGCGGCUGAACCUACAGUUGACCAUGGGAACCUUCUCUGUUUCACUCUUUGGACUAUUGGGAGUUGCUUUUGGAAUGAAUUUAGAGUCUUCUCUUGAAGAGGACCAUAGAGUGUUUUGGCUAGUGACCGGAAUUAUGUUUAUGGGAAGUGGCCUAAUAUGGAGGCGUUUGCUUUCAUUCCUUGGACGACAGCUAGAAGCUCCUUUGCCUCCCAUGAUCAUACCAAUGGAAAAGUGCUUGAGAUGCUGAUAUUUUGAUAUAUGCAUACCAUGAUGGCCUCUCUACCUAAAAAGACCCUUCAGGCAGACAGAAGGAUGGAAAUGAAAAGCAGCCUCAGGCAAGAUGGACUUGGAUCAAGCAGUAGUAUCCUAACAAACCGUUAGGAACACCUGGUGGGGACUGCAUAUUUUGUUAUUGUACUCACAGGAGACUUCUGAUAUGCUUUUAUAGAAUCAGAGACUUGGGGGGGGGGUGGGAAUCUGUGAUAUUUAAAUUACAAUGUCUGAUGGUAAAAACACAUUAUGGCAGGUACAGUACUAGAACUUACUUGGAUAUUCAGAAUUCUGAGUAAAGAAGCAAAGUACUUGCUUUAAAAAGGGAAAAAAUUUUAUUUCCUGCAAACUUAGAAGAACUGUUUUUAUAAGACAUGGCAUGAAUCAUGCAGAGAUUAAUAUAACACAAGAACAGACUAUUUUUAUUUAAUUUAUACAUAUUAAAGUAUAAUUUUAAUGCCAAAUGAAGCCUAUAAACUUGAUGAACCCACAGUUAGGAUAUCAGGUAGCCAUAGUUUGUAGUCAGUACGGGCAUAUCAUGUUCAUGUUAAUUUCCUAAUUUUCAGGUGAAUGAAAGCUAGCAGAAUAUGUAUUAACCUUAAAACAAACUUGAAGUUUGUGCUUUAAAAUUAAGCAUUGACAUAUUAUUUUCUUGUAUUUGCCUCUUUUUUAUAAGGCAAAUAAAGAUAAGGAAAUGUCAAUUUAAUAUCAGCAUUAUUUGGGUUCCAGUUAAGGAGAUUUUGCUGUAAUUCUGGACCCCCUGAAACUGUGUUUCUUUUGCUUGGCUAUAAUUAAAGCCUUUGAAGUACAGUAGAAAGCAAAUGCUUCCAUUCUGUUACUAUUUUAUAGCUGCAUUGUUCAUUGCCUGGUUUUUAAGAGCAUAUAUAUAGAUGUGCUACCCUACUCCCAAAAAGGAGUAUUUAUGUAGCCCAGCCAAUCUAUGUUGCCUACACCCCAAAUUUGACAGAUGGGCUUCCUAAAGCAAAAGGGCAGUUACAUUUUAGAAUUGUGAUAACAUUUAGUUAUCACAAUAAGAGAUUUGGACUUUCAAUCUUGCCUUUUUUUAUAUUUUCUGGACUUUAAGUACACUUAUGCAGUUGACUAUUACAGUUAAACUUUCCUCCAAAAGUAGCAUGUAUGGAAUAUUCUAUAAUGUCCUUAAGAAUCCAGAGCAGCUCCUGUACUGCAAAUGCAGUUGUAACAGCAAAAUAAAUACACCUAGCCUGAUGAUGUUGAGGAUACCCUAAUAUGUCAUAUGAGGAAGUUGAGAGGUCCAUUUACUAGGGGAUUUGGUGAACAAAACUACUACUCCAGUAGCUGAUUUGAAAGGAAACAGAUGAAGUUACAAGUAAGGUCUCCCCACUCCUGUGAGUUGUGAUGAGAAGCCAUUAGAAGGAGCUGAGGAUAGAAGGGCACGAGACACACUGGCUCAUCUUGGAGCACCGAGUGGCCCACUCUGCACCUCACCAUGGGCCUAGAACAUGCCUGCUCUGUGGUGUGGUUGGUGGAGAGUAAAUAUACAGCCCUCUGUAGCAUUUUAAGAGUUCAGUGGUUUUCAUGGACAUCUUGAUAAAAUUACAUUUUGAUUUCACAGCACACUCUUCUUUGGCAUACCUCAGAGCCCUCUACUGCUAAUUCUGUUAAGUAAUAUUUAUUACCUGUUUUAGAGAUAACAUAACUGAGUUAUGAAGACUUUGGCAGCAGAGGGCAAAAUUUGAUUUGACUAAGAUCAGGAAUAGAACAGAAUUUGGUAAUUUUUCCUUGUAGUGUUACUGAGUUAGUGAGUUUGUCAUAGCCUAUCAGUAAAAGGUAUAACAUAACUACCUCAUAAGUCUAAUAAGGGAAGUUACUAAUGGUUUAUAAAAUUCUUGGAAGUAUUUUUAGAUCAAGUAUGAUUUCAAAUGUCAGCUAACUCUGCUUUGGUAACUGCAAGAUGCUUCUUUUAUUAUUUAAGGGAGAGUUAAUACAACAGAGUCUAUGCCAAAGAAUAUGAAACUUAAUAGUUUUAAAUGUGGAAUUAAAAUAAUCUAGCACAUUAACUACUAUUUGAAAGUAAGGUGACAGAAUUUCAAACACUCAGUGAUAUGAGUAAGCAAGCAGUUGUAUUUCAUUUCACAUGUACAAGCCCCAGUUGUGAUACUCGUAACAGACUGUCUUUUUCUUCUAAGAAAAUGUGGCAGAAUAGAUGUCAUUUUAAGAUAUCAUUCAUGUUUGCAUUAUUCUAGUAAAAUUAGGUUGUAAUAACCACUUAAACCAUUUCAUAUUAAAAAGCUACUUAUUUUGGUGAGUUAUUCCCAAGAAUUGUAGACAGUUUCAUUUUCUGGAAUUGCAAUAUUAAACUCACAUUUUGAA